AUGCGCAUUAUCAAGUUUUCUCCGGACGAACGCUUGCUCUGUGUUCAGUACGAUGAUUUCAGUGUGGGUUUGGAACUGUAUCAGGUGAAUGCAGAGAAGAAAUCAGUGAAGCUGUUGAAGUCGCAUAACAUAUCCAUGCAUUGGUUCGUAUAUUAUCCUUACUCUCAACUUCUGGUUGUUUCAAGUGGAGCUUCUAGUGCCUUAUUGAAUCCGUUUGUCAUUCAGGUGAGCGUUGUAAGCUUCUUCUGCUGUAUUUUUUGA